GGGAAUGAAUCCCGAAUGAAGGGGGAGGGGUUCGUUUGGGCCUACUCGGGUGUUUCGUCUCGAAGAUAUGAUUCCAGAACAACAAUCUUUUCUCCAGAAGGGAGAUUGUACCAGGUAGAAUAUGCAAUGGAAGCCAUAGGUCAUGCUGGUACGUGUCUCGGAAUCCAGACAAAUGACUGUGUUAUACUGGCAGCGGAGAGACGAAACACCAAUAAACUUCUUGAUGAGAUGUCUUACUCAGAAAAGAUAUACAAACUUCACGAUGACAUGGCAUGCAGUGUUGCCGGAAUCACAUCAGAUGCUAAUGUACUUACGAAUGAGUUAAGAUUAUCCGCCCAAAGAUAUAUGAUUGCCUACCAGGAGCCCAUGCCUUGUGAACAAUUGGUUAGCUCUUUGUGUGAUUUGAAGCAGGCCUACACACAAUUUGGAGGCAAACGUCCAUUUGGAGUGUCUAUCCUAUACAUGGGAUGGGACAAACAUUACGGAUUCCAGCUGUAUCAGAGUGACCCCAGUGGUAACUACGGAGGCUGGAAGGCUACCUGUAUUGGCAACAACAGCGCUAAUGCUGUUUCCAUGUUGAAACAAGAGUACAAGGAGGGAGAGAUGACCAUGAAGGAGGGACUAAUGCUUGCUGUGAAAGUUUUGAGCAAAACUCUGGACAUGACCAAGCUGACAGCAGAGAAAGUUGAAAUAUCCACAUUAACACGAGAAAAUGGCAAGACGGUGAUCAGAAUCUUACCAGCAGAGGAAGUGACAGCCCAUAUUAAAACACAUGAAGAAGAGGAAGCUAAAGAAGAAGCAGAGAAAAAGAAAGACAAAUAAACUUGUGUAGAUGAAUGGACAGAUGGAAGACGUUUUGGAACAUUUUGGGUCCAGUGUGCUAAAACAGCAAUGUGAUUCUUCAUUGGAGACUCCAUUGAUCAAUAGUAAAGAUGGAGAAUAUUAACUUAAACGAUUCUUUCAGAAUAACACAGGAUAUACUUUAAUGUAAUUGUUCAUCUUCUGAAGGAAUUUAUGCUGAUAUAGAAGCAAUGGCAUCAGUCUUAGAUAAAUUCCUAAGGAAUACUGAGAGAUCCCUCACAAGCACUAGGUCGUGUUCAAGGUGUAAGUGCUAUUUGUUAAAGGAAAGUGCUAAUUGGUGAUGUAUAUUCUAUACUAGGUUCUAUUAGUUAAAGGGAUGGAGGACUGUUUGAAAGAUUCAUUGAUGAAAAUAAGAACCAAGAUUUAUUAAUAAAAAGUUUGGUUAUGUUCACAGUUACUACUUUAACUUCGCUGAAGAUACUGUGAUAUGGACAUUAUGUGACAAACUUUUCAAGUAAUAAAUAAUUUAAAGAGUC